AUAAUAGGUCUUCUUACCUGCAAUGGGUUGCAGCCACCAUGCUCAGGGGAAAGGUGUCAUCCCUUUGGACGGACAGCGGCACCAUCUCGUCGGAUGGUCUGUGCGUCUCCAGCAGAAGACGUGGUCACGACGUGGGUACAGCACAGGGAAGGUCCCUGCUGUGUUGCUGACUCACCCAGAAGUGGGGUGCAGACCCUUAAAGCUGAACUCCAAUGUGCAGCAAUGGAUGACGACAGCCUGGAUGAGCUUGUGGACCGAAGCCCAGGGCCCGAUGGCCGCCCGAGACUCCGUCCUGCCGCCCUGACCAGCGAUACUGAAGAAAGCAGCGAUGCCCACAGCGGGGGCUCUGAGGACGACACGUGCGGUGAGCACAGUGACGGCGAGGACGAGGAGGGGGACCUGGAAGACGGAUCUGGUUCCGAGGAUUCCGAAGAAGACGGCGACGACGUGGACACGUUAGCGGCAGCAGCGGCUACUCGGGGGGCACUGGAAGCCAGCGGUGCAUUUAACUCUGACGAUGAUUCGGAGAGCUGCCCGAUCUGUCUUAAUGCUUUCAGGGACCAGGCGGUGGGGACACCCGAGAACUGUGCCCACUACUUCUGCCUCGAUUGCAUCGUGGAGUGGUCCAAGAAUGCCAAUUCCUGUCCAGUUGAUCGAACUAUAUUUAAAUGUAUUUGUAUUCGAGCUCAAUUUGGCGGUAAAAUCUUGAAGAAGAAGUCGACUAAAAGGCCGUUUGCGGCCAUGAACGUGAAACCCGGUGCUGGAGGUGGUGCUGUGUGCCCGGCCAGCCUGGGCUCUGCAUGGGAGCGGUUUCCCAGACUUCCUCCUCUCCACUCGCACACACCUUUUCUGCAUCUCCGAGCUUCUCUCCUCUCGAGCCACGGCAGCCACAGCAGGCAGGGAAGGUCAGGGUGUGGAGCCCAGACCUGGGAGAGGGGCCAGCUCUCUUGGACCAGACUUCGGAGGGCGCACGGCAGGAGCAUGAGGGCUGGGGACAAGAUCCCAGUGGAGAGCGCCAGGCUUGGGGAGGACGAGGAUGAAGACCCGACCUUCUGUGGGGUGUGCGGCAGGAGCGACCGUGAGGACCGUCUGCUGCUCUGCGACGGCUGCGAUGCUGGACGAUAUCCUGAGGCCGCUUGCAGAGAUGUACCUAAUACCUCAGGACGAGGGGGAGAGGAGGUGCCAGUGGACGAGUGGUUCUGUCCGGAAUGUGCUGCCCCCGGGGCCGUCCCUGCUGCUGACGCGGGUCCCGUGAGUGAGGAGGAGGUCUCCCUGCUCUUGGCCGAUGUAGUGCCCACCACCAGCCGGCUUCGGCCACACGCGGGGAGGACCCGGGCCAUUGCCAGGACACGGCAGAGCGAGAGGGUCCGAGCGACCGUGAACCGGAACCGGAUCUCCACAGCCAGGAGGAUCCAGCACGUCCCGAGGUACCUCAUGUCUCCUCUGCUGGACGAGACCAUCGAAGCCGUGGCCGCUGGGCUGAGCACAGCUGUGUACCAGCGCCCCGGGCCGCGAGCCCCUGCCCGUCGGAGGAGGAAAGCAGGAAGACGGAAGAAAGUGUCAGGAAGAAAGAAAACCCAGUCCAGAUCGUCUGUGAAGAGCAGGAGCUCGGGGACGAGGUCCAGGAAACGCCAGGGUCGCGUGAAGAAGAGAAAAGGGAAGAAGAUAAAGAAUGAAGCCACAGCUCGUUCCCGCAUCGCACGGACGCUGGGCCUCCGCAGGCCAGCCCGUGGAGCCUGCAUCCCCUCGGUGUACAAGCCUGCAGACCCCUCUCUGGGGCUGAUGCGUGCAGACAUCGGGGCAGCUUCUCUCUCCCUGUUUGGAGACCCCUAUGAGCUGGACCCCUUCGACAGCAGUGAAGAGGCAUCUGCGAGCCCUGCUUCCCCUCUGAGCGCCAAGAGGAGGAUUCUGUCCCGGUCAGCCCUGCGGUCGCACCAGCCCGUGGCCAGGCCCGUCUCCGUGGGGCUGUCCAGGAGGAGCGCUCCCGCCAUGGCGCCCCAGCCGGAAGUGGACGUGGACCCCGGCCCUGACCUGCUGGGGAGCAUCCUGUCGGGCCAGAGCUUCUUGAUGAUGAACGGCGCCGACAUCGUCAUCCACCGCGACGGCUCCCUCAGCGCCAAGAGGGCAGCGCCAGUUUCUUUCCAGCGAAACUCAGUUGGUCCGGCCAGAGGGGCAGAAGGCGCCGGGUCUGGCCCCGGCCUGCAGCCCAGAGGGACUCAGCCAGGAAGCGGGCCAGAGAGCUUGGGGUCCAGCUGUCCAGGCAGGGCCGCCCCGGGCGCACCCCCGGCCCCACCCACCCCCGCCCAUGUCCCUGCGCUCACGUUGGGGGCAGCUGUGAGACUGGACUCCUUGGUGACCCCUCAGUCAGGCCAGGCGCAGACCUUGUCCAGCGUGAGCAGACCCAGCUCAAAACAAAGUGACGGCCCCCGACUUAAUGGCGACAGCAAGCACCCUCCGCCUCUUAGGUCUGCAGCGUUGAAGACCUUGAAUGGUAGCUCUGUUUCACCUCCCGAGAGCACGGUGCUGGGACAGGCCCCAAGACCAGCUCCCAGGAGGACGGACAUCUCCGAGCUCCCCAGGAUACCAAAGAUCAGGAGAGAUGACAGGCGGGUGGGCGAGGUCCCCGCCGGCGGGCAGAGAGUCGAGAUUCCCAGCUCCUGCAUCAGCCGGCUGACGGGCAGGGGGGGCCCCGGGCAGCCUGGCUGUGGCACCAGGGCGGAGGGUGAGCCCAGCAGCAGGGGUGCUCAGGAGGCCAGCACGCGCUCGGGGGGCGGCCCCCAGCCCCCUGCCCCGCUGGGCCCCUCCCGGGGGAAGGGUGUCGGCGCCACCUUCGAGAGCUUCAGGAUCAACAUUCCGGGGAACACAGCCCAUUCCGGCCGAGUCCUCAGCCCCGGCUUCUGUAACACGUUCCGGCCCGUGGACAGCAAGGCGCAGAGGAGAGAGAGCCCGGCGCCCCUCCUCUCCGUCAGGAAGACGAAGCAGCUCAAGAGCGAGAUCUACGACCCCUUCAACCCCACGGGCUCUGACUCCAGCUCGGCCAGCAGCAGCCCCGAGCACCCAGGCUCCGGCCUCCUGCCCUCUGAGAUCACGCGCACCAUCUCCGUCGACAGCCCCAAGGCCCCCGCGCUGCCGCCCGUGCGCUGCGUCACCUCCUACACAGUGCAGACCGGCGUGGGGAAGGAGCCCGAGCCCCCCCAGGGGCCCUGCGGCCUGCCCGAGCUCCAGGGCGAGGAGGAGCCCGCAGCACAGGCACAGAGGCCGUCCCCGCUGGAGCCCUGGGGGGACGAGGACCCACCACCCCGCAGCUCCUUCUUCGGCUCAGAGGGGCGGACGGUGACUUGUGUGACUGCGGUGGAGCCGGACGCCCCACCCAGUCCGGAUGCCCUGCCGGCGACCACCCACAGGGUCGUGGAGCUGCGGUCCCCCACCCGUUCCCGCUCCAGGUCCAGCUCCCGCAGCGGGAAGAAAGCCCAGAGGCCGAGGGCCGCCACCAGGGAGCACCGGAGGGCCCGCUCAGGGUCCCGCUCGUCCCGCUCGGGGGACAGGAGCUCGCGGUCCGCGUCGCCACCAGCAGGUGAGGGCCAGGCCAAGAGGCACCAGCCCAAGGCCCGGGAUCGGAGGUCUUCCAGCGACCGCUCCAGCAGCCGCGAGCGCACCAAGCGGAGGAAGGCCAAGGACAAGAGCAGGGAGAGGAGGAGGGGCUCCUGGGGCCGAGGUCGGCGGCGGUCCCGCUCCCGCUCCGGCAGCCCAGGCAGCUCCUCCCACGAGCAUCGCGAGGGCAGGAGGAAGAAGAGGCGGAGGUCGGGGUCCCGGUCUCGGGGGAGGGAGUGCUCGCCCCCCAGCAGCCUGGAGAGAGCCCGGAGGCCCAGGCACCCCCGGGAGAGGAGGGAGCGGCCCGACAGGGAGAGUGCUGCGCGGCUCCGAGACAGGCGAGGCUCCCGGGAGAGGAGGCGGCGUAGGUCCAGGUCACCCAGCCCCGAGCACAGGCCCCGGGAGCACCGGCGGCCUCGGUCCCGGGAGAAGCGCCCACGGCCCCGCCCCCACUCCCCGGAGAGGAAGUUGGCCCCGAAAGACGCUUCUCCGGCACCCCUUCCCCAGGGGGAGCCCAGGCCGGACAGGGAGCCCCCGACCAGGCCCCUGGCCUUGGCAGGAACAGAUGCCUUGCUGGAGGGGCCCGAGGCCAACAAGCCACCCGCAGAGGUCCCCCCAGUCCUGGAGGUGCCAGCCGAAUACCCCCCCGAGGAUCUGGAUUACGGUGACUCCGUGGAGGCAGGGCACCUCUUUGAGGACUUUUCAAGUGAAGCCAUCUUCAUGCAGCUUGAUGACAUGAGCUCCCCGCCUUCCCCGGAGAGCACGGACUCCUCCCCAGAGCGAGGCCUCCUGCCCAGGCCCACUGGGCCCCUGGCUGGCCAGCAGCACGACGCUGGCCUGGCCGUGGCCGUCAUCCGCAGGGAGGUGUCUCGGAUCCACGGUGAAGAUGUGGUGCAGCCCCUGCCCAGGAUGGAGUGCCCUCAAGAGAAGCACUCGCUCCAGCAGGAUGCGGCCGAGGCAGCCACAGCUUCCUGCACUCUGGGAGGCCAAGCCAUGGGUGGGGGGCCAGCGGGGAAGGAGGAGGGCCCCUCUCAGAACCCCCUGCUGCGGGCUAAGGCGCUGGUGAAGAGAGUCACCUGGGACCUCCAGGAGGUGGAGAGCGGUGCCCCGGCUGAGGACAGAGGCCUGCGGACGCCACUUCACAGGCCGCAGAAGCCCUGGGAAACCGAGGACGCGGGCCCCGUGGCUGCGUUCCAGCAGGCUCCUUUCUCUGAGCCCCCUCACCCUGGUUAUGUGCUUCCAGAGCCUGGCUUUCCUGAUGCUGACCCUUCUCAGGUACGGAGCCCGAACCUGCCCCCCACCCCGGCUCUGCCUCCGAGCGUCCCACCAUACGCACCUGUCAGCCAGCCCGCGGUCCAGUUCCUCUUGCAGGGGAGCCUGCCCCUGAUGGGCUGCGGGGUGGCCCAGAGCCCAGCCCCGGUGCCCACCGUCCUGACUGCAGCCUCAGAGCCGGCGGGUCAUGCUGCCACCGUGACCACUGCCGCUGCCAACAGCUCCGAGGAGAGGACAGCUGCUCCCAGGCCAGCCUCGGAGAAGGCCAAGAAUGAGGAGUACAUGAAGAAGCUGCACGUGCAGGAGCGGGCCGUGGAGGAGGUGAAGCUGGCCAUCAAGCCCUUCUACCAGAAGAGGGAGGUGACAAAGGACGAGUACAAGGACAUUCUGCGCAAGGCCGUGCAGAAGAUCUGCCACAGCAAGAGUGGGGAGAUCAACCCCGUGAAGGUGGGCAACCUGGUGAAGGCCUACGUGGACAAGUACAGGCACAUGCGCAGACACCGGCGGGCCGAGGCCGGUGAGGAGCCGCCUGCCCAGGGUGCCGAGGGCUGAGGCCCGCCCGGGGCCCUUCUGGCUGGAGCAGCCGGAGCAGAGAACUCCGGGCACACCCGCCCUCCCGUUUUCAGGGUUCCUGUGAUCGCACGUGGUCUGUGCACCUGUCUUGCUCACAGUUUAAAACUGGACUUUUUUAUAUGUAUAUUAUAGAGACACACUGUU